AUGUCAUUACUUUUUGGUUUCUCUGUUCACCAGGCGAGCGAAGCAAUCAAGAACAACUGUGCAUUUGUCAUCUUGUCUGAUCGUCUGGCCAGUAAAGAUUAUGUACCAGUCAGGUAGGACCAAUUUAGCGUGUGUAUGUUCAUGUAAAUAAGUACCAGGAAGGUGUUCGCUGUUAGGGAUUAUAUAAUACUGUAUAACAAAGAGGGAUGUUGUGCAUUAAUGGGUUAAAGUUGACUCAAAACCUAUCAUUUAUAUUUUACUAUACAACACUUAUGUACUAUGAUUCUAAAUGGUCAAGUUUUAAAAUUAUGAAACAGUAAUAAUGCGAUAAACCCAAAAUAUAUUUUCUGUCUUCUUAGUUCAUUGUUGGCUCUAGGCGCUGUUCACCAUCAUCUCUUGAAGACCAAACAAAGACCAAGAAUUAGUAUCAUCGUUGAAACUGCUGAAGCACGGUAACUGAUGUGAUUAAAAAUAUUCUAUUAUUUUCUCCAUAUUUGUUAAUUUCAUGUCAUGUUCAAGACUAGUUUCAUCUGUCAUCCUGUUUGUGUGUUUCAAAACAAUGCUUUUUAUUUAUAAUUUGCUUGUUGACUACAGAGAGAUUCAUCAUUUUUGCCUGUUGCUUGGUUACGGAGCUGACGCCAUAUGUCCAUAUCUCGUGUUUGAAGUUGUACAAAUUUUGAGACAAGAAGGUAAAUGCUUGUUAGAUAUAAGCCAGGUCAAAUAUAUACAUCCAAAUGACCCGUUAUGCGUCAGGUCAGUUGUUAAAGUUGAAUACGUUGAGUCUCAGCUACAUGCUAUGUUUCUACGGCAAUUUCAUCCCGUCCAUUACAAGCUAUAGUCUAUGAUUGAUCAAUUUUUAUUUUUAAAUAUACGAUUAUGAAUUUAACAAAGACUGCAAUUACGUAGGUGCUCGCAGUUGAAAGUCCCUUACAAGUUAGUCACUGAUAUUUUAACUAGUACGUAACAAUUAUUUAAAUUUCAGGAUUGCUUGACCCUCCUCUGGCUGAUGAAGAAGUUUAUAAAAAUCUUCAAGCUGCUUCGUUCACUGGCAUUUCCAAAGUCAUGGCGAAAAUGGGAAUCUCAACUUUACAAAGUUACAAGGUAAAAGAUUAUAACUACACGAUCAGUCUUUGUAUAGUUCUUUAUAAGUUUUCAUUCUUCGACUGACUCGGAGAACACAUGUUGCAUGUUGACUUCUGGCUUGGGGUGAUUGCUUGUCUUUCAUCUCUGUGACUGAGGUUUGAUUCCUGCAAUAUCCAGUUGUCAGAUUAUAAUUUCACCUCAGUCACAUUUGAGAAGAAUGCUUCCAGUUUCACUCUAACCAACACCACAUGAAGGCAUAUGAAGGAUGACUAUACUGAGCUCUAGAGAGAUCAGUUCAGAACUCACAGAGCUAUCCAGUAUGAAUAAAAUCACAAUCUAACCGCUUUAAAUUAAAUAAAAAUUCUUUCAAACUGGAAACUUUCCAGGGCUUUUAAUUUGUGUUCUUGCCAGGCUAUCUGAAGUAAGAUUUUUUAAUAAUAAUAAAGAGGUAAUCUAAAGCAAGAUAAGUGGGAAAAUAUGGUUACAUCUUACUUUCAUUUCUUUAGGCUGCUCAAAUAUUCGAGGCAGUUGGAUUACAUGAAGAGGUAGGAUUGAAAUAUCUUUUAACUUGUUUCUGUAUUAUAAAUAAUUGUCAUUCAAUGUAGAUUACAUGCACAGGUAACCAUAUCUAUCACCCCCUCCGCUGGCGAUCUUUUUUGUAGAGAAAUGGUUUUUAUGUUUUCUUUGUUUUUCAAACCCAGGUGAUUGAAAAAUGUUUCACAGGAACAGCGUCGAGAAUUUCUGGAGUGACAUUCAACGUUUUGGCACAAGAGGUAUAUAUGGAAUAUUUACAUUCUGGAACUAAAUACUUUAAUUGAUGUUUUCAUCACCAGCAUAAUUUCUAAUAAACUUGCGUCUUGUAGGCUUUAGGUCGUCACAGAAUAGCUUACUCUGAUCGUGAUGGAGAUAACGUAUUGGUCAAGAAUUGGGUAUGUGUUUCUAUUUACUUUUUAUAGAAAUUUAACCAUUUGUCCAUACUGUCCCCGAUAGCUUUGUUCGUUCGAUCUAUUCUCCUUGAUCUACAGCUGCUGUGGUAGCAUUAAAUGGUCCAGAGUUUUACUACAGGCGGAAAUUAGAAUACCCAGAGAAAAUCAGUGGCGUUUGGUAGAGUCAAACUGGAAGCACUCUUCUCACAUACGAAAUCAUAAUGAAACAACUGCAUAUUGCAGAAAUCAAUCUCUGCAUGUAUGGCCAUGUAUGUGACACCAACAUUCCCCCAUUGAUGAGAGAAAGUUUGCUGGAGCGAAUAUGAAAAUGACUAUCACUUGUAUUCUAAAAGCUCACUCACACUCAAUGAGUGGUGAUUCAAUCUGAGCUUCUCUUGAGUGUCAGUGCUGUUUUUGAAUAGCUGGAGGGUGAGUAGUCACAUGGUAAGGUACGACACUAACCCUCCAGCUAUUCAAAAACAGUAUUGACACUCAAGAGAAGCUCAGAUUGAACUUCCACAUGCAUGAGUGUAAGUGAGCUUUUGAAUACACUAUAAUACAUCUUGCCUCUAGGUGUAUCACUUAGUAAAUAAAUUUAGUGUAGUGAUGAUCAAAGAAGACAAAUGGACAUUAAAGAAGACAGAUGGCUAGGUGUGAAAAUGAAAUAUUUUGAUGUUGAAUUUUUAGGGUGAAUAUCACUGGCGCGAUGGUGGUGAGAAGCAUGUGAAUGAUCCAAGAAGCAUCGGGUUACUACAGGUGCUGCAAGUUCUUUCUGGCGCCGACUGCUCCAGAUUCUAUUUAUCUGUUUUCCAAAUGAUAAAGUAUUGGAUCUCUUCACGAAAUAAUGUUGCGUUGUUAAAUUCUACUUUUAGGAAGCAUCAAGGGGAAACAACACGAGGACGUUUAAGAAAUUUGUAGAGUCCACUUGGAGAAUGGUAAAGUAUACUAUUCUUUCAUAUCUUAGAAUAUUAUUUUUUGCAUGCUAAUGCAAAGGUGCCUUGAAAAAGGAUUGUUCGUUUCUGUGAGGUAAUAAAGAAUAAAGCCGUACGGCAUUGCACAAUGUGGGUGAACCAUAUUUCCAUUGUCUCUACUCUCUUUCUUGCUUUACUUGUUAUUUUUAUGUUUGGCAGUUUUAAUUUUUCAUAGAUAGUAAGUUACCUUAAUUUGAACUGCCCUCCUUCAUUUGCAUUAAACGAUUUUAUUUCUAUUUUUUAUCUCAGGUGAAAGCAUGUACGUUGAGAGGCCAAAUGGAAUUCACGUUUGCUGAUAGACCUCUUGAUUUAUCUGAAGUUGAACCUGCUUCGUCCAUUGUGAAGAGAUUUUGUACUGGUAAUUUUAACUAACUUUAUUUAUAUUGGAUAGCUCUAUCAGUUCUAAACUGUUCUUCCUAGAGGUCCAGUAAGGAUCAUCUCUCAUUGAUCCAGUGUUAUUACACGAGGAAACCUAAACUAAACUAACUUUAUUUAUACUGGAUAGCUCUAUCAGCUCUAAACUGUUCUUCCUAGAGGUCCAGUAAGGAUCAUCUCUUAUUGAUCCAGUGUUACUACAGGAGGAAACCUAAACUAAACUAACUUUAUUUAUACUGGAUAGCUUUAUCAGUUCUAAACUGUUCUCCCUAGAGGUCCAGUAAGGAUAAUCUCUUAUUGAUCCAGUGUUAUUACAGGAGGAAACCUAAACUAAACUAACUUUAUUUAUACUGGAUAGCUCUAUCAGUUCUAAACUGUUCUUCCUAGAGGUCCAGUAAGGAUCAUCUCUUAUUGAUCCAGUGUUACUACAGGAGGAAACCUAAACUAAACUAACUUUAUUUAUACUGGAUAGCUUUAUCAGUUCUAAACUGUUCUCCCUAGAGGUCCAGUAAGGAUCGUCUCUUAUUGAUCCAGUGUUAUUACACGAGGAAACCUAAACUAAAUUAACUUUAUUUAUACUGGAUAGCUUUAUCAGUUCUAAACUGUUCUUCCUAGAGGCCCAGUAAGGAUCAUCUCUUAUUGAUCCAGUGUUACUACAGGAGGAAACCUAAACUAAACUAACUUUAUUUAUACUGGAUAGCUCUAUCAGUUCUAAACUGUUCUUCCUAGAGGUCCAGUAAGGAUAACCUCUUAUUGAUCCAGUGUUACUACAGGAGGAAACCUAAACUAAACUAACUUUAUUUAUACUGGAUAGUUCUAUCAGUUCUAAACUAUUCUUCCUAGAGAUCCAGUAGGGAUCAUCUCUUAUUGAUCCAGUGUUACUACAGGAGGAAACCUAAAUUAAAUUUACUUUAUGAAUUUUAUUUUUAAAGGUGCCAUGAGUUUUGGUUCAAUUUCCAUUGAGACCCACGAGACGCUCGCCAUUGCUAUGAACAGGUAUAGCUUGUGCUACGUUUCGAAUGUAUCGAUACUUAUUGGAGCGAUCGAGUGACGAAACACAAGAUCAAUAAAUAUAGUGAAUAAUUUAGUCACUCUGAUAACUGUUUUUCCUUUCAAUCCCAGUAAAACGGCAAUGCGAGUUCACGAGAGUUGCAAAAUCUCGUUCGAGUUCUCUCGUUCGACACUCAUCAACUUUGAGCUGCUUCAAAUUUUAUCGAGAGUUGAGUAGACUGUAAUAAUAAACUCUCGCUUUUCAACUUUCAUCCUUGUUCGGUCAGGACUUUAGAGUUGACCGCUAUGUAUGUGCUGCGCUAGUCUGUCUCACUUUAGUGAAACAUACCAAUACUUCAAUGUUUAAUGUUUUCCCUGAUUCAGGAUGGGAGGUAAAAGCAACACAGGCGAAGGUGGAGAGAAACCUGAACGUUUGAUUAUCACUGAUGACCUCAACAACACGAGAUCCGCCAUAAAGCAGAUUGCAUCUGGAAGAUUUGGAGUGAACAGCGCCUAUCUCGCGCAUGCUGAUGAUUUGCAGAUUAAAAUGGCCCAGGUGACUUGUCGCUAUUUGGAAAACAAGCAAACUGAAUUUCCACUGAUUUUAGCUGCUAUCAAAACAUUUUCCUUAUUUUGGCAAUUUAAAGAAAUUGACAUUAGACUUGCUUGUAUCUUUACUCCAUGUCUUUGUUUAGGGAGCAAAACCCGGUGAAGGUGGCGAACUUCCUGGUCACAAGGUCACACCAGACAUAGCAAAGACAAGAUUAUCAACUCUGGGUGUGGCGUUGAUCAGUCCACCUCCUCAUCAUGAUAUUUAUUCCAUUGAAGAUCUCGCUGAGGUUUGUACUGUUCGGGUGACGUUGAACCAGCAGUGAAGGAAUAAUGUCCGAUGCCGUUGUCUGAUUAUAAGUUUAAGUUGCUACCAACAGACAGCAGUGUCCCCAGUGUUUACAACUUAUACCAUAACAAACUCCAAAUGCAGGCCUACAAUAUAUAUUUCCGUUCUUGACAGCGAAAUCUAAAAAUCAAAAUUUACUUGUAAGUCAAAUAUAAAAUUUCGUGCAUAUGAAGAUUUAAGGGAACGGUGACGUAUGCUGAAAACAGGCGUAUUUUAUAGCCACUGAAUAAAUUAAUGUAACCAAAUGACGUGGUAAUAUGUAACUAUCUUCAAUGAACUAGUAUAGUUCAUAUAUCUCGUGAUGACAGCACCCGUAAGGCUCUCGAAACAAAUGCAAUAAAACCGUGGCUAUAAUUUGACUGAUAUACUUUAUAGCCAUGAGCUGAUACUCCAGUUUUCUCCCACAGGGAAUGGUGACGGGUUGGGAUGUCCCGCAAACUGACCCUUCUACACUAGCUGUGCUUCGUUACCGGAUAUUUAUUACUAUUAUCUUCAGCAUGUGGUAAUUUGGCUUCAUUUAAUCCCAGGAGGUAUCUAGGAAAUUAUGUAGUGAAACAAAAUGAUGAAACAGGGUUAUUUGUUGUUUCAGUUGAUCUUCAAUUUGAAAUGUUCCAAUCCAAAGUCAAGGAUCAGUGUGAAACUUGUGUCUGAGGUUGGCGUGGGAGUCAUCGCAGCUGGUGUAGCUAAGGUAUGCCAUGAAAUUAUGGUUUUACCUUCCUUUGUUUGUAGUUUUGUUUUCCUGAGAACUUUUGCUGGUACUAUUGAAAUAUGUGAAUCAAAUAAUGAAGAAUUAGAUAGUCCUUUUUCCGUAAACAAUGUGAGUAGCGAUUUUUUCACUAGCCUUAAUUCCAUUCCCAAUGAAAGAGGUUUUAAAAUGGCUUUUCUUAACAUUGUUAGUUUGCCAAAAAAUAUUGAUGAAAUAAGGUAUUCAAUGUCAAACAAAUUCAUUGAUCUUAUUGCUUUCAAUGAGACUCGUCUUGACUCAAGUAUAACUAAUGGUAUGAUUCACCUUAAUGAUUAUGAUAUUAUUAGAAAAGACAGAUCAAGAAAUGGAGGUGGAGUUUGUAUCUACUUGCGUAGCUCCAUCAACUAUAUUAUAAGACAAGAUCUAAUUCCCUCUGAAUUGGAGGCUGUCUGUGUAGAAAUUAUUAAGCCACACAGUCGACCAUUUCUUGUUACAACCAUUUAUAGACCACCCAAUGCAUCAUCUGAAUUCUUUAAUCAUUUUGAAAAAUUAAUUAAAGCCAUUGAUGAUGAAAAUAAAGAAAUGUAUAUUCUAGGUGAUCUAAACUGUGAUAUGCUUAAAACAGACAAAGAUUCGAAUUCUCCAACAAAGAAAAUCAAAACAUUGUAUGAGUUGUAUCAACUGUUACAAUUGAUUGAUGAAGCUACCAGAGUAACUAUGACAACCUCUAGUCUUAUUGAUCAUAUAGUCACCAAUACACCAGAGAAAAUUUCUGACUCUGGUGUUAUCCAUACUGGAUUAAGUGACCAUAGUUUGGUAUUUGCAAUAAGGAAAAUUUCUGUUGUUAAAAAACAAGAGAAGAAAGUUGAGAUAAGAAAUAUGAAAAAAUUUGAUCAUCAAAAAUUUGUUGAGGAUCUGAGGCAACAACCCUGGGAAAAUGUAUACUUCUUCGCUGAAAAUCCCAAUGCUAUGUGGGAAAUUUGGAAGAAAUUAUUUUUAGAGGUCUUGGAUAACCAUGCACCACUUCAACAUAAAACGAUUAGAACAAAAAAAGUUCCUUGGAUUACAAGUGCUAUAAAGCAACUUAUAAUCACAAGGGACAGAUUAAAAAGAAAGGCCAUUAUUACAAACCUAGAGAUAGACUGGUUAAAUUACAAAACAACGAGAAACAAAGUUAAUAUUCAGCUAAGAAAUGCUAAAAAAAAAUAUUACUCCACUAAAAUUUCUGAUCAAAAAUGCAACCCUAAAGAGGCUUGGAAAACUAUAAACGAUAUACUAGGUAGGCAAAGCAAACCAACAGUAGUAAAUGAGUUAAAAUUAGGUGAAAAUAGUUUGACAAAUACCAAAGAUAUUGCAGAGGGCUUUAAUAAUUAUUUUUCAAAUAUUGGCCCUGAUCUAGCUAGCAAAAUUGAUACUCCAAAUUUGAACUUUCAAACAUAUAUUGAAAAGACUAAAUCAGAAUUCAGUGCAUUCCAGCCAGUCACUGUUAGCAAUGUCUACCAUCUUUUACAUGGUCUUUCUAGCAACAAAGCCACCGGCGUUGAUAAGAUCUCCAGUAAAAUUAUUAAAAUAGCUGCACCUGCUAUUUCAGAUUCACUCACAUAUAUUUUCAAUCAAGCUAUUAUCCUAUCCAUUUUCCCUCACGAAUGGAAAACGGCUAGAGUAAUACCUCUCUAUAAAAAUGGCCAACGAAACCUGCCAGGAAAUUACAGACCAAUUUCAGUUCUGCCUGUCAUUAGCAAAAUUAUGGAACGAAUUCUGUACGAUCAGCUAUACAAUUAUUUAACCAAAUUUGAACUUCUGAGUGACUGUCAAUUCGGUUUUCGUAAAUUUCACUCUACAACUACAGCAUUACUUGACUGUACAAAUGAUUGGUAUAUGAAUUUAGACCGCAAAAUGUUUAACCUGGUAGUCUUAAUUGACUUAAAAAAAAGCAUUUGAUACUGUCGACCAUCAAAUAUUAUUGAAAAAAUUAGAGCUUUACGGAAUAAAAGGACAAGCUCUGUCUUUUCUAGAAUCAUAUCUCUCAAAUAGAAACCAAAAAUGCCAAAUACAAGGAUCUGUUUCAUCAGAGAAAUUGAUCAAAUGUGGCGUACCACAAGGCUCUAUUUUAGGGCCCCUAUUUUUUCUGUUAUACAUUAACGAUUUGCCUCAAUGCCUGGAUAAAACAAACCCUCGGUUGUUUGCUGACGAUACGAACCUGACAGUUUCUGGAAACUCUAUUACUGAUCUUGAAACUGCAGUGAAUUCUGAUUUGGAAAAACUUAGGAAAUGGCUAAUUGCCAAUAAACUUAGUCUAAAUGUUGCUAAGACUGAGUUUAUGUUAAUUGGUUCAAAACAAAUGAUAAAAAAUAUUUCAAAUUUGCAACUAAACGUGAAAAUUGAAAACGAGUCAAUUAAACAAGUUUAUGAAUCCAAAACUCUUGGAGUGACAAUUGACCAGCAUUUAUCUUGGAAAACUAACACUGAGAAUAUUUGCAAGAAAAUUACAUCUGGAAUAUCGGCUCUUAGAC